UCGGUGGUGAGAGCUGUUGUUGCGAUUUUCGAGGGCCGGAUAAUGUAUAUGUCCGUCCGUGCUUCGGCGGUGGUGCCCGCCGGUUGGUAGCGUCAUUUUCUUGGUGGGGGUGGUGGGAUGGUGCCGUCCUGUGGGGGAUUGGGAUACCGACCACCACGAUGGUGACUUCUUCGUAGAUCUGCUCCGGAAUUUGGGGGGUUAGAGCUUUGGAGGGAAAGCUGGCUCUUGUGACUGGAGCUUCUAGAGGCAUUGCCGCCAUCGCCGAGAACCUCGCCUCCAAACGCGCAACUCUAAUCCUACCAAAGCCAGCACCGAAGAACUCUCCGCCAAAUCCUCUCCGCCCAUAGCGUCCCUAGCUACAUAAUCCAAGCCGACAUGGGCACCCUCACCGGCCCCUCCUCCCUCAUCGCCGCCGCCAAAGCCGCCCACGAAACCGCAGGCCACACCUCCGUCCUCGACAUCAUCAUCAACAACGCCGCGUAGCAGUCAACGACUUCCUCCCCGCCAUCCAACCCGCCGACUUCGACAGCGGCUACCACGUCAACGUGCGCGGUCCCCUCCUCCCCAUGCAAGCCGCACAACCCCACCUCCCCACCUCCCGCUCCGGCCGCAUCGUCAACAUCAGCAGCAUCUCCGCCCAGGCGGGAUUCAUCGGGCAAUCCAUCUACGGCGGCACGAAAGCGGCGUUGGACGCCAUGACGCGGACGUGGGCGCGCGAGCUGUCCGAGAACGAGACUGUAAAUUCGAGUAACCCGGGUCCUGUGGCGACGAGCAUGUGGUUUGGGAAUUCGGAGGAGUUUAUGAAGGGGGUUAGACCGUUUAUUCAGGGGGCGCCGUUGGAGAAGAUUAGGCCGGAGGUGGAUGAUAGGGAGUUGGUGGAGGGGGCGGAGAUGGCGGGGGGAAGACCAGCGUAUAUGUGGGAGAUUGCGGGGGUGGUGGGGAUGUAG